GAGGAGGAGGGCCGGCGGAGGACCAAAGCUCUUCAGAGACAGCUGCUUGACAUCCGCAAGGAAAAAUCUCUGGAGCUGCAGGUACCAUAACUGAGGAGGACAACUGAGACACACUCCUUCACGUGCCCAAUAUGAUUAGCAAUCUAGUAAUGGGCUACACAUUGACUGACUCUUGGUGGUGCUUGAAGUGCCUUGAGGACAUCAGACGUCGUUGUCUUUGAAAAUCGGGGUGAGGCUUAGAAACUGUCUUAAUGUCGUCCCUUUAGCGACGCGAGGAGAUGACUGCCCACCUGAAGGACCAGCUACAGGAGAUGAAGGCUAAGACUGGACUGGAGAGGAAAUAUGUGAAGAGCAGCGCAGAGCUGCUAGUAUACCAGGGACAGAAGACCAACACACACGCUGAGAAGCAGCUGGAGGAUGAGAUCAGGGUGUGUGUGUUUUUGUGAAUCAUCCCCUAGCCCCUAAGGCUGUGUUUACACAGGCAGCCCAAUUCUGAUCUUUUGCCCAAUUAGCGGCAAACAUCUGAUCUGAUUGGUCAAAAGACCAAUUAGUGGCGAAAGAUCAGAAUUUGACUGCCUGUGUAAACUGGCGAAAGAUCAGAAUUGGGCUGCCUGUGUAAACGUAGCCUAAGUGCCUCAUGCAGGGGCGGAUUGGCCAUCUGGCAAUUCUGGCAUAUGCCAGAUAUGCUGGACUAUUUUUAUGUUGGAUGGGCUGGUCGAAAUUGACACACACAAAUAUUAUUUAUAUAAAGACAUGGCCGGCGGCCCAUGGGCCUGUUAUGAUUUGUUGUACAGAUUUUUGUUCAAUUUCUAUGUUAUACUAAUCUAUAAUGAGCCUUUGGCUGAUCAGUGGGCAACGGCGAUCUAGUUAAUAUGUAUUGAGUUUACACUUCCUCAGAUGUUGAACCCCAAGUUAAUUAGCCUAUGAUAUUAGUUAGUGCACAUAAAGAUGUUUUUAAAUGUUAUGUGUCAGCACUGCUCCCUGUGUCUAAGUAGGGUCAGGGUGUAGGGUGAAUGUGUGGGGUGUGUGUGUGUGUGGGGGGGGUGUGUGGGGUGUGUGUGUGGGGGGUGAGUUGCCGGCGUACGCAGUGAUAUGGGCUGGUGUGGAUGAAAUGCCAGGGCUGAAUUCUUGUCCCAGUCCGCCCAUGUAGAUCUGAUAGAAUUGGGUAGGGAUUGCUUUUUUGCAAAUACCUACACAUUUCUUAUAGCUAUCCCAUCCUUUCAGAUCUACACAAGUGGCUAGGGGGGGUUGUUUCUGGGCAGAGCCUUUGGUGUGACUUGGCUACAGACUUUGUAGUAACUGAGAGGUUUGGCCGUACAGAGAUGGUUACCAUUACAUGUGUAUCUGUGUAAUCAUUGUUCCUCUGUCCUCAGCUACUGCAGGAGAGGUUGGAGGAGGAGAGGAGAGUUCAUAUGGAGAUGGAGACUUUCCUCAAGGAACAUCAGACAGUAUGUGUGCAGUGAUGAUUGGAAAAUGGCAUGACAUGACUCGUGUAUUGGAGCAUAAUUUAACUUUUAUGCGACAUAUAUAUUUGGUGUAGUAGGGUGACUUGGUACGUUCUUUGAGCUGCCAUCCUAAAACAUCUAACGCUUUUUUUUUAUUGAGAUAGUAGAAUCCCAAAUCAAUCCCUAGCCCCUGUUCAGGGGUCGGCAACCUUUACGUCAGGAAGAGACGUUUGUUUUGUUUUUUUAUCACAAAAAACGAGAGUUGGGGGAGCCGUACAAGAAAUUGAUGAGCCCUUGUCUAGAGCAAUAGCGGCCAUAGCUGGGAUUCAGCUCCACGGACAGCAGCCCAUCAAUUCACUGCAAAAUCGGACAUUCAGAACCAUAUAACAGUGGACAGCGGCCGUCAGCCAUAUUUGGCUGUCAGGUGAAGCCGCAACAAUGUGUGUAAUGUGUGUUUGUGUGCGCCCUUCAGAGUCUGGGGGAGAAGCUGGAGGUGUGGAUGGAGCGCUAUGAGAGAGACAUGGAGGACAAGCAGCAGGAGCUCAACAGCCUGAGGAACAACAAAGCUAACAAUCUCUCCCAGCUCCAGGAGUUGGCCAAGAAGGUGAGGACAGAUAGCCUGGGUCGAUUUCAUUAGGCACCAAACAGGGGGAAAAACGGACUGAAACAGGGACUUUUCUAAAAAGAAACGGUCGUUUUCAUUUUCCGUUGCAUAAUGUUUUGCUACAGUGUGCCCUAAUGAAUACAACCCUGGUCUGCAUGGUUCGCAACCCAUUGCUCCCUGUAGUAUACAGUUCAGCGCACUGACAUUAGGUAAUGAAUAGCAUAGUAGGCGUGAUAUACACUGAGUAUACCAAACAUUAGGAACACCUUCCUAAUAUUGCCACCAUGCCUAAGCCUAAGAUCACCAUGUGCAAUGCCAAGCCUCGGCUGGAGUGGUGUAAAACUCGCCACCAUUGGACUCUGGAGCAGUGGAAACGCGUUCGCUGGAGUGAUUAAUCCCGCUUCACCAUCUGGCAGUCCGACGGACGAAUCUGGGUUUGGCGGAUUCCAGUAGAACGCUACCUGCCCCAAUGCGUAGUGCCAACUGUAACAUUUGAUGGAGGAGGAAUAAUGGUCUGGGGCUGUUUUUCAUGGUUCAGGCUAGGCCCCUUAGUUCCAGUGAAGGGAAAUCUUAACGCUACAGCAUACAAUGACAUUCUAGACGAUUCUGUGCAACAGUUUGGGGAAGGCCCUUUCCUGUUUCAAAGCGAGGUCCAUACAGAAAUAUUUUGUCGAGAUCGGUGUGGAAGAACUUAACAGGUCUGCACAGAGCCCUGACCUACUCCCUUCACAGAACAGCGCAAACUGGCUCUAACCAGAAUAGAAAGAGGAGUGGGAGGCCCUGGUGCACAACUGAGCAAGAGGACAAAUACAUUAGUGUCUAGUUUGAGAAACAGGCGCCUCACAGGUCCUCAAUUAGCAGCUUCAUUAAAUAGUACCCGCAAAACACCAGUCUCAACGUCAACAGUGAGAUAUGGCUUUUCUUUGCCUAGAAGGUCCCGCCUCUUCACUGUUGAUGUUGAGACUGGUGUUUUGCUUCUUUAAAUCAGCACAAUAGUUUUCAGCUGUGCUAACAUAAUUGCAAAAGGGUUUUCUAAUGAUCAAUUAGCCUUUUAAAAUGAUCAACUUGGAUUAGCAAACACAACGUGCCAUUGGAACACAGGACUGAUGGUUGCUGAUAAUGGGCCUCUGUACGCCUGUGUAGAUAUUCCAUUAAAAAUCAGCCGUUUCCAGCUACAAUAGGCAUUUACAACAUUAACAAUGUCUACACUGUACUUCUGAUCAAUUUGAUGUUAUUUUAAUGGACAAAAAUACAUUUAAAUUCAGUUUUUCACAAUUCCUGACAUUUAAUCCUAGUCAAGAUUCCCUGUCUUAGGUCAGUUAGGAUCACCACUUUAUUUUAAGAAUGUGAAAUGUCAGAAUAAUAGUAGAGAGAAUGAUUUAUUUAAGCUUUUAUUCCUUUCAUCACAUUCCCAGUGGGUCAGAAGUUUACAUACACUCAAUUAGUAUUUGGUAACAUUGCCUUUAAAUUGUUUAACUUGGGUCAAACGUUUCGGGUAGCCUACCACAAGCUUCCCACAAUAAGUUGGGUGAAUUUUGGCCCAUUCCUCCUGACAGAGCUGGUGUAACUGAGUCAGGUCUGUAGGCCUCCUUGCUCACAUGCGCUUUUUCAGUUAUGCCCACAAAUGUUCUAUAGGAUUGAGGUCAGGGCUUUGUGAUGGCCACUCCAAUACCUUGACUUUGUUGUCCUUAAGCCAUUUUGCCACAACUUUGGAAGUAUGAUUGGGGUCAUUGUCUAUUUGGAAGACCCAUUUGCGACCAAGCUUUAACUUCCUGACUGAUGUCUUGAGGUGUUGCUUCAAUAUAUCCACAUAAUGUUCCUUCCUCAUGAUGCCAUCUAUUUUGUGAAAUGCACCAGUCCCUCCUGCAGCAAAGCACCCCCACAGCGUGAUGCUGCCACCCCCGUGCUUCACGGUUGGGAUGGUGUUCUUCGGCUUGCAAGCAACCCUCUAUUUCCUCCAAACAUAACGAUGGUCAUUAUGGCCAAACAGUUCUAUUUUUGUUUCAUCAGACCAGAGGACAUUUCUCCAAAACGAACUAUCUUUGUCCCCAUGUGCAGUUGCAAACCGUAGUCUGGCUUUUUUAUGGCGGUUUUAGAGCAGUGGCUUCUUCCUUGCUGAGCGGCCUUUCAGGUUAUGUCGAUAUAGGACUCGUUUUACUGUGGAUAUAGAUACUUUUGUACUUGUUUCCUCCAGCAUCUUCACAAGGUCCUUUGCUGUUGUUCUGGGAUUGAUUUGCACUUUUCGCACCAAAGUACGUUCAUCUCUAGGAGACAGAACGCGUCUCUUUCCUGAGCGGUAUGAUGGCUGCGUGGUCCUAUGGUGUUUAUACUUGCGUACCAUUGUUUGUACAGAUGAACGUGGUACCUUCAGGUGUUUGGAAAUUGCUCCCAAGGAUGAACCAGACUUGUGGAGGUCUACAAUUAUUUUUCUGAGGUCUUGACUGAUUUAUUUAGAUUUUCCCAUGAUGUCAAGCAAAGAGGCACUGAGUUAGAAGGUAGGCCUUGAAAUACAUCCACAGGUACACCUCCAAUUAAUAUGCCAUUUAGCAGACGCUUUUAUCCAAAGCGACUUAGUCACGUGUGCAUACAUUUUUACGUAUGGGUGGUCCCGGGGAUCGAACCCACUACCCUGGUGUUACAAACGCCAUGCUCUACCAAUUGAGUAACAUAGUGACUCAAAUGAUGUCAAUUAGCCUAUCAGAAGCUUCUAAAGCCAUGACAUAUUUUUUCUGGAAUUUUCCAAGCUGUUUAAAGGCACAGUCAACUUAGUGUAUGUAAACUUCUGACCCACUGAAUUAUAAGUGAAAUAAUCUUGUGUCAUGCACAAAGCAGAUGUCCUAACCGACUUGCCAAAACUAUAGUUAAAGAAGAAAUUUAUGGAGUGGUUGAAAAACAAGUUUUAAUGACUCCAACCUACGUGUAUGUAAACUUCAGACUUCAACUGUAUGUAUGUAUGUAUGUAUGUAUAUAUAUAUAUAUAUAUAUAUACAUACAUACACACUGCUCAAAAAAAUUAAGGGAACACUUAAAUAACACAUCCUAGAUCUGAAUGAAUGAAAUAAUCUUAUUAAAUACUUUUUUGUUUACAUAUUUGAAUGUGCUGACAACAAAAUCAGACAAAAAUUAUCAAUAGAAAUCAAAUUGAUCAACCCAUGGAGGUCUGGAUUUGGAGUCACCCUCAAAAUUAAAGUGGAAAACCACACUAAAGGCCGAUCCAACUUUGAUGUAAUGUCCUUAAAACAAGUCAAAAUGAGGCUCAGUAGUGUGUGUGGCCUCCACGUGCCUGUAUGACCUCCCUACAACGCCUGGGCAUGCUCCUGAUGAGGUGGCAGAUGGUCUCCUGAGGGAUCUCCUCCCAGACCUGGACUAAAGCAUCCGCCAACUCCUGGACAGUCUGUGGUGCAACGUGGCGUUGGUGGAUGGAGCGAGACAUGAUGUCCCAGAUGUGCUCAAUUGGAUUCAGGUCUGGGGAACAGGUGGGCCAGUCCAUAGCAUCAAUGCCUUCCUCUUGCAGGAACUGCUGACACACUCCAGCCACAUGAGGUCUAGCAUUGUCUUGCAUUAGGAGGAACCCAGGGCCUACCGCACCAGCAUAUGGUCUCACAAGGGGUCUGAGGAUCUCAUCUCGAUACCUAAUGGCAGUCAGGCUACCUCUGGCGAGCACAUGGAGGGCUGUGCAGCCCCCCAAAGAAAUGCCACCCCACCCCACACCAUGACUGACCCACCGCCAAACCGGUCAUGCUGGAGGAUGUUGCAGGCAGCAGAACGUUCUCCACGGCGUCUCCAGACUCUGUCACGUCUGUCACGUGCUCAAUGUGAACCUGCUUUCAUCUGUGAAGAGCACAGGGCGCCAGUGGCGAAUUUGCCAAUCUUGGUGUUCUCUGGCAAAUGCCAAACGUCCUGCACGGUGUUGGGCUGUAAACACAACCCCCACCUGUGGACGUCGGGCCCUCAUACCACCCUCAUGGAGUCUGUUUCUGACCGUUUGAGCAGACACAUGCACAUUUGUGGCCUGCUGGAGGUCAUUUUGCAGGGCUCUGGCAGUGCUCUUCCUGCUCCUCCUUGCACAAAGGCGGAGGUAGCAGUCCUGCUGCUGGGUUGUUGCCCUCCUAUGGCCUCCUCCACGUCUCCUGAUGUACUGGCCUGUCUCCUGGUAGCGCCUCCAUGCUCUGGACAGUACGCUGACAGACACAGCAAACCUUCUUGCCACAGCUCGCAUUGAUGUGCCAUCCUGGAUGAGCUGCACUACCUGAGCCACUUGUGUGGGUUGUAGACUCCGUCUCAUGCUACCACUAGAGUGAAAGCACCGCCAGCAUUCAAAAGUGACCAAAACAUCAGCCAGGAAGCAUAGGAACUGAGAAGUGGUCUGUGGUCACCACCUGCAGAACCACUUCUUUAUUGGGGGUGUCUUGCUAAUUGCCUAUCAUUUCCACCUGUUUUCUAUUCCAUUUGCACAACAGCAUGUGAAAUGUAUUGUCAAUCAGUGUUGCUUCUUAAGUGGACAGUUUGAUUUCACAGAAGUGUGAUUGACUUGGAGUUACAUUGUGUUGUUUAAGUGUUCCCUUAAUUUUUUUGAGCAGUGUGUAUGUGUGUAUAUAUAUAUAUACACACACACACACACACACACACACACACACCCCCAUUGAUUCUCUAAGAAUAUAACUUAUAAAUGUGCAUGAGUAUAGUUCAACUGUCAAACCCCAUCAAAGUUUGUUUUAACUCUGUUUGUAAACAUUGUAAAUGUAAAUGGUUAAAACUAUAAUUUUGAUAUCAUGGUCAGUACUUGCAUACAUUGUCUAUAUAUAUAUAUAUAUAUAUAUACACUGUAUGAAUUUGAGAUGUUACAUUUCUCCAGCCCUAUCACUCAGCUUUUUACUAAAACAGACUGAAAUUGCCGCUUUAAGAAAGUAUACCCGUAUGGAAUAGAAAUUGUACUCUGGAUAUUGACUCGGUCUUUGUACUUUCUAAUGUUCCAGUACAGAGACAGUGAGCAGGUGGUCAUCGAGGACAGGUUGGAGAAAGAGGCCCGACGCAGGCAGCUGGAGAUGGAACACAUGGAGCGAGACGCAGCCACCAAGGUAAUUAUUGAACAAUCUUCAAUAACCAUUGGGCUCUGGUCAAAAUGUGUGCACUAUGUAGGGAAUAGGGUGUCAUCUGGGACGUAGACUCUAAGCCCGGCAUCUACUCCACUUGUCCAGCAAGGAAACCAAUCUCAUCCAGAGGCAGUGCAGUGUUUUGUGGCUUCCAUCUUGGUUUAUUGUUUAGAUGAACGACUCGUUAUUGUUGCUAUGUUCCCCACGUUCUACCAAGUGAUUUUCAGCUCUUAUUCUCUGCAAGCCGGAAAAGAACACAACUGUACUCCUCUUCUUUUGUUUAUUACACUAAAACGUUUUUUAAUGAUACUGAACCGUCUUAUUCUCUGUCGGUCACCUGCAGAUCCAGUCGUGGUGGAGGGGAACGUUAGUGCGACGCGGUCUGGGCCCCUUUAAGAAAGGCAAGAAGCCCAAGUCCAAGGAGGGAAAGAAGGGGAAGAAGAAA